GCCCUAACACGUUCCAACCGCGCGGACCGCCCGGAAACAGGUCCGGGAGAGAAAAGGUCCACGAGGCCGGCUGAGUCGCCAGAGCGGCGGGUUCCGAGCGCGGGGCUGGGGGCCGACGGGCAUGUGAUGGAGAGCAGGGAAGUGGCGAACUCACCAGAGGUGCAGUAAGUGGCCAGCUUGACUCUCCAGCCUCUUUCUCCGAGUCCCGCCGAGGUGGUUUCCCGCCGACUUUGUUUCCGUACUGCACAGGCAAGGGGUGAAAGGUCACAAAAAUGGCGCUGGCCGUCAGUCUCUUACCCCGCUUGCUGCUUUCUCGGCCUCUGCCGGGCUCGGCUGCCCGACUCUGGACUCCCGGUUCGGCCGACGUGUGGCCGCCGUUGGCUGGACUUUGCUGCUUCUGCCGCCGCCGCCUCGGCUCGGGAGCGGCCCCGUUUCCUCGAGUCUCUUGGGCCUCCGCGGCCUUGGCGCUGCCUGCUCGAGCUCCUCAGCGUCCCCUGCUCAGCCCUCUGGGACUCCCCACAACCCUUCCCGCUUUCCCUUCCUGCCCUCGGCGAAUCUACAGCACCGAGGAGCAGCCCCAGCAGCGCCAGAAAACCAAGAUGAUCAUCCUGGGGUUCUCCAACCCCAUCAACUGGAUUCGGACUCGAAUUUACUCCUUCCUUAUCUGGGCCUAUUUCGACCAAGAGUUCAGCAUUGCAGAAUUCUCAGAGGGAGCGAAGCAGGCUUUUGCUCAUGUGUCCAAGUUGCUGUCACAGAGUAAGUUUGAUCUAUUGGAAGAACUUGUGGCCAAAGAGACACUACGUGUAUUGAAAGAAAAGGUUACUUCACUACCUGACAACCAUAAAAAUGCCCUUGCUGCUGACAUAGAUGAAAUUGUAUAUACAUCAACAGGAGACAUCUCCAUUUACUACGAUGAGAAAGGAAGGAAGUUUGUUAACAUCCUGAUGUGCUUUUGGUAUCUAACCAGUGCCAACAUCCCCAGUGAAACUAUAAGUGGAGCCAGUGUGUUCCAGGUUAAGUUGGGGGAUCAGAACGUGGAAACUAAACAACUUCUUAGUGCGAGCUAUGAAUCACGGGCAGCUCAUAAACACUGCUAUUUUCAAGAUUGGUCUUAAUGCAAGCUAUGAGUAAGUCUAACCACAUAAACCAGCUUCCAUGAAAGUGCUGUUUUUAUCACCAUAUUCCAAUUUAUUUCUCCUCGUAUUAGGCGUAUAUUAUGGCUAGUACUUAACAAUAGAAUAACACUGAAGUUCCUCUCAAGGACUGGCAGAUGUUGGAGAGUAUGUAGAUCAGUCCAUUAAAAAUACUCAUUUUCGUUGAGAAUGCACUUCUGAUUUUGUGGGGAUAUAUUUUGUGAUCAAAUUAGUAGAUUAAACUUUUGAUUUUUAUUUACCAUUAACUGUUAGCUUUUUGCUAACAACUGCCUCUAAUAUAUACUUGCAAAUUAUGUAGUUAUCCAGGAAGUAUUUGGACUGAUAUAAGAUUCACAUUAUUUAUAAUUUUUUCCCUAGAUUUCAGAGGGAGUUUACACAAGGAGUAAAGCCUGACUGGACCAUUUCACGGAUUGAACACCCAAAGUUAUUAGAAUAAUCAAUCUUGGAAAAAUCAGCUUAUUGGACUUUUAGCAAUUACUGAGAAGAACUAAGGAAGAAAAAUUUUUCAGAUCAGUUGAUCUUCACUUAAUCAAGUCUGUGGAUUACUUUUGUAUUAUUUUGAAAUACUCCUUGUAGUAAAUUGGCAUGAUACAAUAAAGCAUUUUCCACAGAUUGUCAUCACUUUCUGUAGAAGGAAGUCAAAGUAAAAAAAUUACAGCAGCCCAUCAUUGGCAUCAUAUUCAGUAUCAUUUCUAAUGUUACAUGUAUAUGUAUAUAUACACAAACUCAUUUUAUAGACAGUAAAGAAGAUAUUGAAAAAAUUACACAUUUUAAAAUUAAUAGUCUUUAAAUAUUUUAUUUGUGGUUAAUACACUUAUACCAAUAAUUCAAGUAUGUGUAAGAUUUCUUUUUCAAAAUCACUGCUGCUAUUUGAUUACCUCUUUGGUCACUAGCUGAAUGAGAAAGAACAGAUGGAAUUAUAGCAGAUGGGUCACUACAGUACUAAAAAUCAGUGAGGCUUACUAAAGCACAAAGAGAAAAAAGAAAUAGAACAGUAACUUACUCCCCUAUGAAGUAAUAUGAAGUCUUCUAACAUACUUGUAUUUGGACUCCUAGAAGUUGGGAUAGGGGAGACAAAAACAAUGUAAGAAAUAAUGUCUGAAAGUUUUCCUAAUUGAUGAAAACUAUAAACCCACAGAUCCAAGAAAUUCAACAAGCAGGGAAGCACAUAAAGAACCUCACAGGCUUCCCUGGUGGCGCAGUGGUUGAGAGUCCGCCUACCGAUGCAGGGGAUACGGGUUCGUGCCCCAGUCUGGAAAGAUCCCACAUGCUGCGGAGUGGCUGGGCCCGUGAGCCAUGGCCGCUGAGCCAGCGCAUCCAGAGCCUGUGCUCCGCAACGGGAGAGGCCACGACAGUGAGAGGCCCAAGUACUGCAAAAAAAAAAAAAAGAAAACCUCACUAAGGUACAUCAUGAUCAAAUUGUUGAAAACUAGAGAAAAUUAGAAAAGCAGCUAGAGGAAAAAAAAAAGACACAUUCCAUACAGAGAAUGACUAUAUUUCUUUUCUCAAACUAUGCAGGUUAGAGGCCUUGGCAUGACAUCUUUAAAGUACCGUAGGAAAUAAACCCGUUGACCUAGAAUUCUAUAUUCAGCAAAAAUAUCCUUCAGAAAAGGUGAGAAAAGACUUUUUCAGACAAGGAAAAGAUGAGAGAAUUUGUUGACAGAAGACCUGUUUUAUAAGAAAUGUUAGGGGCUAGUGGACAGAAUAGAGUAAAAGGACCCAUGCAUAUUGGACAACUGAUUUUUGACAAAGGUGCCAUAGUUAUUCAAUGAGAAAAAAGAAGUCUUUUUAACAAAUGGGUAACUAUAUAUUCAAAUAGGAAAUAACCUCAUCUCUCGCCUCACACCAUACACAAUUUUAGUGCAAAAUUUAGAUUGCAAAAUGGAUCAUAGACUUAACAAAAUCUAACACUCUAGAAAUUCUAGAAGGAAACAGAAAUUGCUGUCUUGGAAUAGAGAAAGAUUUCUUAGGAGACAAAAAGUGUGAAUCGUGAAAGAAAAAUUUCUAAAUUGGAAUUUAUUAAAAUUAAUACUUCUGCUCUUUGAAAGACAGCAGCGAGAAAAUGAAAAGCCAAGUCAAAGAUUGGCAGAAACUAUUUGUAAUCCAUAUAUCUGACAAAGGACCUGUAUCCAGAAUAUAUAAAUAAUGCUCAUAGCUUAAUAAUGAAAAGUUAAACAGCUUUGUACAGCUAUCAUGACUCAUCAAACUGUGGACUUAAAAUGGGUACAUUUUGUUAUAUGUAAAUUAUCAUAUAUAUAUACUGUUUUUUUAAACAAAGUGAAUCAGCUAUACAUAUACACAUAUCCCCGUAUCUCCUCCCUCUUGUGUCUCCCUCCCUCCUACCCUCCCUAUCCCAUCCCUCUAGGUGGUCACAAAGCACAGAGCUGAUCUCCCUGUGCUGUGCGGCUGCUUCCCACUAGCUAGCUAUUUUACAUUUGAUAGUGUAUAUAUGUCCAUUCCACUCUCUCACUUCGUCCCAGCUUACCCUUCCCCCUCCUCGUGUCCUCAAGUCCAUUCUCUACUUCUGCAUCUUUAUUCCUGUCCUGCCCCUACAUUAUUAUAUAUUUUUAAUGCAAAUUAUACCUAAACAAAGUUUGCUAAAAUAUUUAGCAAGAAAAGUAAUUUGUAGGAAAAUAAGCUCAAAUGAUUAAAUUUUUUAUAAAGUAUAAAAGAGCUAAUCUAUGUUUCAUCUAAUCUUAGAUGAAACAGAUAAUAGAUCAGUAAGGCACAUAUUGCUAAAAUGAAAAAAAAUGCAACCAGUUAAACUAUCACUUCCCAUCUGUUGUAAGAUGCAUCUCCAGUGAUUUUAAAAUGGAUGGUGAAUGUGUGGUUUAGAAUCAAUGAAAUACACUGUGAUUUAUUGUUUGUGAAAAUAUACAUAAAUUGUAAAACUUUUUUAAAAUGCAAGAGAUUAAUAUGGCACUAAACUCAUUAUAGUGACAACUACCUCGGGAGGACGGGAGUGGAAUGUGACUGUAAUGUUUUGUUUCUUAAAAAAAGUACCUAAUACCCAAAUAAUGCUCUUUGUAUAUGGUUUCUCAAUGAAAGGAGACGGGCAUUGGGAGCAAUUCCAGGUCUAUGCAGAAAACAAGCAAGAGUAGCCUGAGACAUAUUCUUGGGCUGGGAAGCAAGGACACUAUCAAAGCUGACUGCGGUAAUGUUGAAAGUUAUUUAUUACCAUUUAACAAACCCAAAACUUAGUAGCUUAAAAAUAACAAUCACUUAUUUUACUCAUAAAUUUGGGCAGGGUUUGAUUUGAAAGUUUGUCUGCUCUAUGUGGUGUUGACUGAGGUCACUUGGGGAUAUUUAUGUGAAGGCCAAGCUGAUCCAACAUGGCUUUACUGGUGCGUCUGGCUCCUUCUUAGAGGCUGGAUGCACUGGGUCACUUUUGGUCUCUAACCGAUCUUUAAAUUUUCCCCCCAAAUUAUGUUAGAUACAGAUGAAGUAAAUUGGCAUAUCUUCUACCCCAGGAAAAUUUUCCUAUCCGUGUUAUUGAAUAUAGCUGUUUUAUCCCUACUGUGAUGAGUCGUUUCACCAAAGAUUUUGACCAUUUAAGGUUGUAUGGUAGGGGUCCUAAGGUAUUUGUCUUGACCUCACUAGCUUUUAUCCUUACAGAUCUUACAAUUCAAUUGCUCCCAGUGAGUUCAAUGUUUUUUUUUUUUGUCUUUUUUAUUUUUGCAGCGAGGGGGUAAGGUUCCACAUAUCAGUGAUACCAUGCAAUAUUUGUCUUUUUUGGCUUAUUUCACUUAGCAUAACGUCCCCCAGGUUCAUUCAGGUUGUAGCACAUGACAGGAUUUCCUUCUUUUUUAAGGCUGAAUAAUAUUCCAUUAUAUAAUUUACCACACACACACACACACACACACAUGCACAAACACACACAAAUAUUCCAUAUCUUUAUUCAUUCAUCUGUCAAUAUUGAGUUUGUUUCCAUACCUUGACUAUUGUGAAUAAUGCUGCAAUGAACAUGGGAGUUCAGAUAUCAUUUCAAGAUAAUGAUUUCAUUUUCAUUUUCUUUGGAUAUAUAUAUGCAGAGUGGAUUGUUCCAUCAUAUGUUAGUUCUAUUUUUAAUUUCUUGGGGAACCUCUAUACUGUAUUCCAUGGUGGCUGUACCAAUUUAUAGUCCCACCAACAGUGCACAAGUGUUCUCUUUUCUCCACAUCCGUACCAGUGUUUGUUAAUCUUUUGAGUUUUCGAUAAUAAACAUCCUUACAGGUAUUAGGUUUUUAUUUUUACUUGCGUUUACCUGAUGAUUAGUGAUGUUGAACACUUUUUCUAGUACCUGUCGGCCAUUUGUGUAUCUUUUCUGGAAAAAUGUCUAUUCAGAUCCUUUGCCCAUUUUUUAAUUGGGUUAUUUGGGUUUGUUUGUUUUGGUUUGGUUUUGCUGUUGAGUUGUAUGAGCUCCUUGUAUGUUUUGAAUAUUAACUCCUAUCAGAUAUGUGGUUUGCAAAUAUUUUCUCCCAUUCCACAGGUUGUAUUUUCAUUUUGUUGAUGGUUUCCUUUACUGUGCAGGAGCUUUUUAGUUUGUAUAGUCCCACUUACUUAAUUUUUGCUUUUGUUGCCUUUGCUUUGGUGUCAAAUCCAAAAAAAUCUUUGCCAAGACCAGUGUCAAGGAGAUUACCUCCUAUGCUUUCUCUAGGAGUUUAUGAUAAACAACUAUAUACUCUUCCCUUAGAUUCAUCAAACAUUAACAUUUUGCUAUCUCUUUUUCCUUUUCUCUCUUUACA